AUGGCGCGGUCGUUGGUCGUUACUCCCGUGGUCGUUAUUGUCGUUAGCCUCGUGGUCGUUAACGUCUGUGGCUACCAGCCCUACCAGUACCAGGGGCUGCAGCACCACCAGAUUGGCAGGGCCAAUGACCAAGCUGCACUGAACUACCAGAAGCAGAUUCUCCAAUGGCAACAGGCGGUGGCACAGAGAGCUCCUCAGGCUCCCAGUCUGUACUCCAGCCCUCUGCUCAACAGAGGAUACUAUGGAGACUAUAGACAAGACGCCGCCCCCGCUGCCCCAGUUGGCCCUGACGCUCCCAUCCCAGGCACAUCGGCGCUGCCUCCACAACCGACCAUACAGGCGCCACUGCCCCCAGGUCCGCCUGAUACUCCUCCACCUCCGCCACAACCUUUACCUGAGGUGGACAACCAGUUGGGAGGCGAGACGACGACUUCCCAACCCGCGGAAGGUCUGAAAGCCCUCUGCAAGGCACCAAGGGGACAAUUCCCCGGGACCUCUUGUGGAAAGUUUGUCAACUGCUGGGAUGAUGUAGUGGUGGAGCAAGAAUGUCCUCUGGGUCUUUACUUCAACGAGGCCACAAACUUUUGCGAUUACGCCUUCAACGUCGCCUGCACAGAGCCUACCCAACAGCCCGGAGUUGGAGGUGGCGUUGGUGGUGCUGGCGGCUCUGGAGGCUCGGGUGGUCAGUACCCUGGGAGUUCAGAGUUUCCAGGACAGACUCCGGACAGUCAGGACCUUGGAUCUCCUGGAGCUCGCUGUCCCACGGAGUUCGGCACCUACAGGAGCAACAAGAACUGUGGAAUCUUCUACAUGUGUGUCGGGUACACGCCCUUCGAGUUCACUUGUCCUGCCGGGCUCAACUUCCACAAGGACCUUCAAGUAUGCGACUACCCCUACAGAGUCCAAUGUGACGGCGUACCCUCCAACCAGCCACCCCCUCCUCCAGAGACCUCUACACUGCCUGAGGGAGAGACGACGUACCCCACGCUACCUCCUGGACCCCCGGCACCUCCCUCGGAACCCGCCCUCCUGCCUGAGCCCACCCAGGGCCCCGAGGCUGCUCCAGCAGUAGCCCCUGCGGUGGCUGGUCCCGAGGCGUACUACAACCUCAAGAAAAUACCUGCGAGUUUACUGGACCCGGCAGCGACGUGUCGUGACAACACCUACUACCGCCUCAACCCGUCAUGCUCGAGUGUGGCUGUCUGUAGAAACGGUGUCACCCAGGUGCUCAACUGUGGUCCUGGCACAUCUUACGACGUCUACCAACAAACUUGUGUGGCUACUUUCAGGGCCAGAUGUUGAUUUUCCUGAUAAUUCCAUCGUGCCAUGACUUGAAGAACUUGCCUCUUCUACUGCCUGUGAUCGACUAGAAUCUUUUGUCUUAGCUCAGUUUAUUUAUUAAAAAUACAAAUUUUGUACUGGAUUAUUAGAGGCAAACGCCGCUAAUAGCCUAGUACGAAUAGCGGGAAAGAACACUUUUGUGGUAAUUAAAUCUUUUACUGGUUUCUUUUUUAAUUCUUGUAGUAAAAUAAAGUUUGUACUUUUGUA